AUGGAAAAGUAUACGAAUUAUAGAGACAAAGGAACCGGGAUCGGACCCUUUUUCCCCGUCCCGUCACGCAGGGCAAGUACAGUGACGAAAAUCGGUCUAUGGACCGUGUUUCUUGUUAAACUCGUGCUUACCUUGCCCCUACUUGUCGCCGCGAUAUUGAUCCCCAUGAUCCGCCCUCGUGUGUUGCGCUGGACCACUUCGUUCCUGUUUGGGAUGCAAUUGGACGUGCGUGCGGAUGGAGUUCGCCGGAGCGAUCUGUCCCGGUUCCCCUGGCCGCGUGCCGGGGACGACAAGAUCUACGUGGUCAAUUGGACCAGUGCACUGGACAGCCUCGUGUGUUCGCUGCUAAGCGGCGGAGGCACCCCUCAGUUCCUCGUCCCUGACACACAGCCGGGCGCCCCCUCCGCCUGGCGCGUGCUCACCGCAUGGGAGUUCUUCCGGCUCACGUGCGCGGGGUCCCUCCACGCGCGGCGGUUCGGCCGAGCGUGGCCCGGUCACGUGGCCCAGCAGCAGCAGCAGCAGCAGCCGCAACAGCGCGGCCCGCUGUUCGCGUUCCCGGAGGGCACGUGCUCGAACGGGAAGACCGUGCUGCCCUUUGCGGGCUCCCUCCACGAGCUGCUCAGUCCGGCGGGCCAGCCCGGCGGGGAGCCAGGCUCGCCCGCAGCACUGGUGCCCCUGCGGGUCUCCUUCCCGCGGGCUGCGACGACGCCGCUGCAGGUCUCCCUCCGAGCGCUCGCACCCGGCUGCUGCUGCUGGGCGCCUCCGCGUGAAGGCGCACUUCCAGGCGGGCUCCGCCGCCGCCACGGCCGUCCCGAGCGACACCCUGCGCGUCGCUCUGAACGGCGGCGACCGCUUCACGCUCGUCGCAGACGAUCUGGGCGCCGCGGCGAAGACUCGCUUCUGCGCCGCGUACAGCGCCGCCCGGUGAUGCAUCUCCCGGGCGGGCCCGGCUUAUCGCUGGCCAAUCACCGCCAAGAUCGUUAUCGCUGCGGGCGCCUGCCCAAUCGGGCGCCCGCCUGCGUGCCUGCCCGCGCGAUAGCGAUUUCUGCCAGAUCCGGCCGCAAAAAGAAAAGAGCUCUGGGUCUCCCCCGCCCCGCGGGAUCUCUGCGGCGCCGUCUCCGCAGAGCGCACAUUUGCGCCGUCGACUCACCCUCUGCGGGCGACCCAGAAUGCAGCUGCACUCGCUGUGGGAGUAGGGGCUCCCACGGUAUUUUGCGAUGGCUUCUCUCGACGACCAGUGUAUACGUUGAAUUUUUAUAUUUAUACGUUGGAGCCGUCUCACCUCUAAUUCUCAGUCGAGAGAUUCCCAGAUACAGUAGCCUCUUUUGUGCAUUUCCAGUCGGGUAUGGUUUACGUCUGGACGGAGACGUACGAUGA